GAACAGCAGGACACACUGUGAAUCGAUAUUUCGGUAUAAUUACAUACUGAAAUCCACUCUGCGUCAAGAGAUCAAUAUAACUUGCUGACCCGCUAGCUUGCUUGGUAACAAAAUAGUUUCGUAAAGCCGGGCGGUUCGGGUUAGACCAUGGGUCUGUCAGCUUCUACUUACAACACUACACAGUAGAUUGCAGACUAUCGUUUGAUAACGUUGCCAUGGCCGAGGAUCCAUCCGUGACUAAUUUCAGGAACUACAUUCGCAUAAGAACUGUUCAUCCUGAUCCAGAUUACGAUGCGUGUACCAAGUUCUUAAAGAGGCAGGCAGAGGAGCUGGGAGCCCAGUUUCAGAAGAUAGAAUGCGUUCCUGGGAAGCCAGUCGUCCUUAUGACUCUUCCAGGCCAAGACCCAUCACUGAAAUCCGUCCUCCUGAAUUCUCACACUGAUGUAGUGCCGGUUUUUCCAGAACACUGGAAAUAUGAACCCUUCAGCGCACACAAGGAUGAGAAAGGUGAUAUUUACGGGCGUGGCACGCAGGACAUGAAAUGCGUCGGUAUCCAGUACCUAGAAGCCCUGAAAAGACUUCGAAGAGAUGGCGCCACAUUUCUUCGGAACAUCCACUUAACUUUUGUUCCAGAAGAAGAAGUGGGUGGGGCUGAAGGCAUGGGCAUGUUUAUCAACACUCCAGAAUUCAAGAAAAUGAACGUUGGCUUCGGUCUAGACGAAGGUUACGCAAAUCCUACCGAGAAGUUCUCCGUGUUUUACGGACAGCGAAACCCUCGAGCCAUUCUGAUACGGUGCAAAGGUCAACCAGGUCACGGAUCCCAGUUUAUACCCAACAAUGCUGGCGAGAAGCUGCACAAGGUCAUCAACUCCUUCAUGGAAUUUAGAGAAAAAGAGAAAGAGAGACUUGAGAACGACAAGGGCCUGCGCCUCGGAGAUGUCACAACUGUUAACCUCACGAUGCUGAAGGGUGGCGUCCAAGAAAACGUCAUCCCAGCUGAACUGAGCGUGGGAUUUGACGUGAGACUGGCUCCCUCGAUUACCGACAAGGAAUUCGAGGCGAUGGUGAAGCUUUGGUGUGAAAAAGCAGGCGACGAUGUUUCCUACGAAUUCACUCGUAAAGCUGUUCCACAAGUUGUAACCUGCAUAGAAGAUGGAAAGAAUCCUUGGUGGGACGCGUUUUCUUCAGCCUGUAAGAAGGAGAAGCUGGACAUAGACACGGAAAUAUUUCCUGCGUCCACAGAUUCAAAGUACAUAAGAAUGCUUGGUAUACCAGCCCUAGGAUUCUCGCCAAUCAACAACACGCCGAUUCUCCUCCACGACAACAACGAAUUCCUGAACGAGAAGAUAUUUUUGCGAGGAAUCGAAAUCUACGCGACCAUUAUCCCGGCCUUGGCUAAUCUGAAGCCUUAAUCAAGAGCCUUGAUUCAAUGAGCCAUAUGAUUCUUCCUAUAACUCGAGUUUAAAACUUUAAUGGUCGGGAAUUGAAUAAAAUGGGACUAACGUAUCUGCGCAACAGAAGUAUGCUUGGUUAUCAAGGUCUUUAUUUGGAAUCCUGUAGUAAUUUUGAUUAAUUCUCGUACGAUUUAUAUGACCUUAUUAUCCAGCUGUGUAUCCCUAUGUAAUGUAUGAAUAUCUAAUGAUAAAAUUCUUGUUA